AUGCCGCCCGCUUCGCAACCCAAUCCUGGGGUGAAUCCGUUCGUUCGCAACGCGCUGGCGAUCUCAGUGAGCGCCAAAGAGUACAGAUUCCUCCACAGCCACGCCCAGCAGUAUCCCUCAAUACAUGGACGACUUAUCUCGCCAGACAAGUUUGAAGCGAUUACCCGGUCUAAAAACAAAUACAAUGAAGCUGCUGUGCGGGCAGCCCUGCGGGUGUUUCUGGGUUCGGGGGCCUCGCUGAAGCUCCUCAAUUUCAUUAUCGGUCGCAUAUCAAAGGCUCCAGCGCAAGAAAAAGUCCGCACCUCCCUCCUCCGCUCUCCGAUCCUCCGUCUCUCUGCUGCGCUGUCGUUGAUGGUGUUGCUGCACCGACUUCUCCAUCGCUUUUUUGUCAAACUACGCGCGAACCUGCGCACUGAUGAAGCCGGGCCCUUUCGUGAGCGGAAUCCGCGGAUCUCAAAAGCGCUGACGUCGCGAUAUGCGCCCGCGGUAGGCGCGAGUCUGGCGGGUCUUGCCAUGGGAAUCUGCACGGUAGACCAGCUUCGGAUAUCCCUUGCCCUCUACACAAUUACUCGGGGAUUGGAGGCGCUCUAUAAUGUCAUGGACGAAAAGGGAUGGCUGAAGAACAAGCCGUCGUGGUUUGGGGGCUGGCUGUUGAUGCCGGUGUCACUCGCGCAGCUGUUCCACGCGUUCGUGUUUGAUCGCGAGUUUACGCCUACGUGGAUGGCCAGGCUGAUUUUGAGGCUAUCUCCGACUUAUAUCCAUGCCCGGCCGGAUACUCUGCCAGCGGAGUUUCACUGGCCGGAGAAGACCGAGAUUGUGGACUCAAUUGCAGCAAUUGCUAAGCUUCGAUGGCCCAAGUUCCGUCUUGCCUCCUGGAUUGCACCCAAGCUGCGGCACAGCUCUCGCGCACCACCUUCUCAAUUCCGCUUCCACUUUGGGACGGUUCUUCACGUCGGUGGCAUUUACAUGGUCGGCGCUGAAUGUGAAACGAUGGCUAUCUGA